AUGAAAGCGCAAAAGUACAAGAUGCUUUUGAUCCUUGAUAAUUUCUCUGGUCAUAUAGUAGAUUAUGUGCCUACAAAUGUUGAGCUUCUUUUUCUGUCUCCAAACACCACGUCCCAUCUUCAGCCAUUGGAUGGUGAAAUCCUUCAGGCUUUUAAGGCUUAUUUCAAACAUAAACAGUAUGCCAAGGCAUAUCAAUAUAUUGGCAUGAUUCAAAAUGGCCAACAAGAUAACACUAUGAGAAAAAAAGAGGUGCACCUGGGGGUUCACUGGGGGGCCGCCCAGGGGGCUGCCCAGGAGGGUGAAGUUGAUGUGGUGAUCCAGACACUCGGAUGUUGGAUUUAUCACAUAUAA